UGCCAUUAUAUUCUGUGUUGGUAGCUGCCGGCCUUGGUGAUGUACCGAAUCCACUUGACAGGCUUGUAAUUCGACUUCUCCUGCGGCACACAGCCAAGCCCAGCCACACAUGUAAGAUAAAUCCACUCAUAAUCAAUGUUUGGUGUACCUUCCCAUGUGUAUCUCAUCUGCGUGCGUGCGUGUGUACGUACCUGUAUUGAGAGGAAUCGGACUCUGAGUCCGGAUGCGGUGAACAUGGGCACCUGGAAAUCCAUCGCGAUCGGCGGACGGUACCACUGCUUGUCGGUCACCUGUAUGUAGCACAGACAGCACACCACACACAUGCACAGUACCACAUCCAACACACUCGAUCGACACUCAUAGACGGAAGGGGACGGGUGUGGCGUGUGAGUGACUUGAUUGAUUGACCUACCGACGAGGCGAGUUCCACGUCCGCCAGCAGUGUGUACUCAGUGUCCCCGGGGAACCGACGAAUCCUGCAGGCAGACCAUGGGACCAAGAAAGAACAAUGCACACACGACGAAUGCAUUGCAAUGCCUGCACUGCAGUGCGGGUGUGUGUGAUGCUGACUGACCUCCAGAUAAUGCCCCCUUGUGACGGCUCAUACUUGGCCUUGCCAGCACCUGACACACGCAUAGCAUACACACAUCGGCGUAUGGCACACACAGCAUAGAAUAGCAUGCCGCCAUGCCCUCUCUGACACACCGUCCCGUCCAAACACGCGUCCGUCCACUCCAUCCGUACCAACGUUAGAGAGGUGCGCCUUGGCGGUGGUCUUCGGGCAUGGUAUCUUGAUGAUGACGUUGGUGGCGAAGAUGUUCUUGGCGAAGUUGGCCUUGACCUUGACGGAACACUCCACUCGCGUGCGGCCCCGCUCCUGCACCACCGGCAGGAUCUUGAAAGGCAAAUUGAUGUUCUCCGUAAUCCGGUAACUGCAAUUACCGCACACACACACGCAGAGAGGAAGCAAAGUCGGUAGAGAAAUCACACAAAUCGCGAUAUCUAGAUUGUGAGUGGUUUGUGUAGUGUACGUCAUGAGUUCGAAUGUGCCGUCGGGUGGGAUGAAUGUGAUGGUGCGCUCGAGGUCGAACUUGGGCAGCCGCACACACUGGUGGAAACGGCAGUCGUCGAUGGCAAUCGCCGUGCCCUUGUUCGCCCUGAAAACGUCACGCACACAUACACCACGUGUCUCAAGCGCACGCGUCACACGCACUAAUGUGUGGAUGGCAAAUUACUUUCGUGGAUCACGAUUCAUGACGAGUUUGUCGUUCAUCCUACUCCACACACACAAGGCAACACAGCACGGCACCCACAUCCCUCCCGUCCGACGACUGUGUUGUGCCGCUGCUCUCCUCUCCCUCUCCCCUCCCUCUCACCCGAAUUUGCACUCCGGCAUGCCCGACAGGAGGCACUUGACCAUGAUCUGACCCGACACGUCCGCACGCAACACCACACCUGCAGCACACACACACAGAUGCAGUUAGUGCAGUGGUACAGGGCAGGGGCGGUCACUCACUCACACAGGGAGGGACUCCGUGGCUGGCUGGUUGCUUGUCUUGUUUGCUUAGCUUACCCUUGUGUGAGAUGAGGACAUUGACGCUCUCGAUGACAUCGAUGUAGACCUCGUUCUUGCGAUACCUAAUAGACAUCAUACACACACACGUGGAGGUGGGGGGGCUGCGGCGCUGGUGGGUGGCUCGGCUCGUCUGUGUGUGCCGACAGACACUGACUGACUUGAUUCCGUCGGCCCUCCAUGAGCAGUUGCCCGUCGCCUGGACAGUCAGCUUCUUCAGCUGCUCUUCAUCCUAUCAACACCACACACACAUGUCUGUGUGUCUGUCUGUCUGUCUUCUGUCUGUCUGUCUGUCUGUCUGUCUGCGUCUGCCUUUGUGACACACACACACACACACACACUCUUACAUUGAGGUCGACAGUCUUCAUGCCGCCCUGUGUGAUGUACUUUUUCAGUAUGUCCACCUCCAGUAUCUGAGGGAAUCCGUAAUCAACUAUCUCUGGGCAGCAAAUCAAAUCACACACAACACAAACGCACCCACCGACCCCACACACGUACACACAGAGAGAUGCGAUACAUACAAAGCUGGUCUGUCUUCCUCUCUCCUCUCACCCCCCGGUCCUCAGUGCACUCACUGCCCACCGUCGAGCAGCUCAUAGAUCAGCACGAAGUUCUUGCGGACGGCGUUCUCGUCGACCUGUCCGCCAAAGUAUGCGCUGAAGACCUCCACGAGUCGGUAGAGGAACUUGAGCACCAGCAUCACAUUGGCGUUGCUCUUGGUCGUCGCUACCACCGUUAUGUCACCUGGACCAACCAACACACACAACCACACACCAGACACACGACACACAGCCCAUCCAUUCCAUCCAUCUCUCUCUCUCUGUGUGUGUGGCUGUGUGUCUGGUGUGCGGCCCGAGUGACUGACUGACUCACCGAUGGUAGUGUGUAUGAAGUGGCACUGGCCAAUAGAGAGUAUGGGUUUCUCGCGUGCCUCCUUGGCAGCCACCACUCUGCUGCAGAAGAGGGUGGCCUCGGUGCGGGUGACGUCGCCCUUGUAGGAGCGGUGGAUGAGAAUCUCGCCCUUCUGGUUGAUCAGUAAAAUGGAAGAUAUCAUCCUGCUGCUGAGCACUGAUGCUCGGGGCUGCUGGGCUGAGAGAUAACGACGUCGUUUAGAAGCAAAG